CAUUUCAACAGUAACUUCAUAUUUUCAAAAGAAAUGGAAAAUCUGCUGAAUCCAAUUUGUGAAGAAAAUAAGUUGCAUCAAGACAAUCUUUCGUCCGUGGAACUUCGAGAUCUCGCGACAACUGUUUUUGUUUCGGGAGUUGAUGGUUUGGAAGACAAUCAAAACAGAAAUGGUGUUGAAGUUGUUCGAGCUAAUGGAACUCCAAUGAGUCUUCCAUUGAGCCCCAUUGAGUUUAACCAUGAUGAUGCUUUUAUUUUGGAGGAGCAUCCAAAUGUUUUGAAGCCUUUGGAACAGCAAACGGUAUCAGAUGAAGCUGUGAUUUUGUUGAAUCGAAUUUUGAAAUCGUCUGAAAAAAGCCUGAAACGUUGUGUGUUGUGGAAUGUUUUCGAAAGAUCAAGAAAAUGGAAGAAUACUAAAAGAGCAACGGAACUUGAUUUGGCAACCACAUUGAUUUCUCGGGUUGAUCAGCGUCCAACACUUCUCCAUGUCUUCUGUCGUCGUCUCACUGAAGCUGAUAUUUUUUCGAUCAUUGAGAAAUCUCUUCUGGACGUUAAAUUGCCCUGUGAUCGUUCGUCGUUAUUUCGUGUAACUAUGAAAACAGAGAUGCCAUUGAAGCAAUUGAUCGGGCAGAUUGAGAAUUUUCUAACUUCAUCUCCUGAAAUUCAGCUCAAUGAGCACUUCACUCUUGCCGCUGAAAACAAUUUGGAUCGCUUCGGUGAUAAAUUCUUCACUCCAUUGGUUGGAAACUUUGCUGACUCGGAACACUUUUUUAAUCAAUGGACAUCAAUGUCAUCGGCAACUCACUUUACUUUUAGAAUCAAAGAGAAGAAGUUUCUAACAGUUAAUGUCACAUAUUACAACAAUGAUGAUAUGAAAGGAGCUCGUUUCAAGACCAUUGUUGUUGAGCAAUUCGUUUCUGGUUCAAUUCCAGAGAGACAUGUCACUUUUGGAAGUCCAUUGGUAUCAAGUGUUGUUGAAUAUGAUAUUGAUGAAAAGCUUCCAUUCAAUCGACUUCCUGCCAUAUGUCAUGAUUUGAUGGAUUUUCUGGAGGGAUAGUAUGAUAUAAAAAGGAUUGUCGUUCAACUUAUUACUAGUGUACUGAAAUUAUAGUAGAUAAUCAAAGAUUGUAAUCGCCCGAAAUAUUUUCUCCGUAAUAAAAAUGUUC